AUGGCUACACCCGAUUCAAAAGUUGAAGAGAAGGCGAUAUGCCAUACUAUUUUAGAUAAAAUAAAUUCAAUAAAUGAUACCGUAGUUGCAAAGGCACCAGAUAUUAAUGACUUCACGAUAAUAAAGCCGAUAAGCAGAGGAGCUUUUGGGAAAGUCUUUUUGGCACAUAAAAAGAGUAACAAAGAUCAGCUGUAUGCAAUUAAAGUAAUGAAAAAAUCAGACAUGAUUAAUAAAAAUAUGGUCACACAAGUUGUAACCGAGAGGAAUGCAUUGGCGUUGUCAAGAAGCCCUUUUUGUGUGCAUUUAUUUUACUCUUUGCAGUCAACAUCGUCUAUUUACUUGGUGAUGGAGUACAUGGUUGGUGGUGAUUUAAAGUCCUUAUUAGGUGUUUAUGGAUUCUUGGAAGAAUCUAUGGCGGUAUUUUAUAUAGCAGAAGUCACCCUUGCAUUGGACUACUUGCACAAACACAAUAUUGUACAUAGAGAUUUGAAACCAGACAACAUGUUGAUAUCAAGAACAGGCCAUGUGAAACUCACUGAUUUUGGUUUAUCUAAAAUUGAAGUUAAUAGAGACUUGGAGAUCUCAGACUUUGUGAACUGCACACCAAGCCUUAAUAUGAGAACACCUGGUCAACUGUUAUCAUUGACUUCUCAUUUGUCCUUUGGCUCUGGAGGAGGAGACAGCACACACAACUCUGUGAUGUCUACAGAUGCCUGUGAGAACCUUCUUGAUGAGCUUAAAGAGACUAGUAAAUUGAAAAGUUUAUUUGAUGGAGUUAGUGGAUUGGAGAGUUCACCAUUACUGAAUCAGUCACACAUGUCAGGAAUACAUCCGUUUAUGAGUGCUGAAAGUAUUAAUUUGGAUACUUCUGAGGACUCUAGUUCAUACCACACAUGUGAGAGUUCAAGGAACAGUUCCAACUCCAGGAGUAAGUCAACAGAUCCCAGUAGCAACAGUUCAGUAGGAGAAUCCACUGUUCUAUCAGAUUCCCAGCAUGACCAGUCCACCUCACCACUGUGUAGGGGACACUCCUUGAAGCGAAUACCUAGCUUUAGAGCCAAAAAAAGGAAGAGGAUAUUAGAUUGUGAUGGUGACACCCCUACAGGUGUAACUAGCCUGCUAGAGUCUAAAGAGAAUCACAGUGGACUGACACAAGAGAUCAUGGCACUGGAGUUGAGUCAGAACACACCUAAACGCAUGUCCAUACAUCCCACACCCGACAAACGUAAAAAUCCUAUCAAAGGUGUUUUGAAAAAACGGUGGGUCUCACAAAACGACAGCCACCAUUUCAAUGUGGGAGUCAUAUUUUCAACACCAGUAAAUGACAAAUCCCCUGAAACAAAGAAGAAGGAGACUCGCUUCAACCUUCCUAAAGAGGAGCAACCAUCUGAAUCUAAGGAGAAAGCUUUCAUGUUUGGAAAACAUGUCUCCACUAGUUUAGAAAUAUUUCCUACUAGAAGAUUAAGUAAGGGCGAAGGCAGUCGGUCGCCUACAGAUGCAUGUAGGACACCAUUAGCUACCGCACACACGCCUUACCGGACACCCAAGAGCGUGAGGCGAGGGAACUUAGUUUCGGAUCAAAGGAUUUUAGGGACACCCGACUAUUUGGCUCCUGAGUUACUAUUGAGACAGGGCCACGGUCCUCCAGUGGAUUGGUGGGCGUUGGGCGUAUGUCUGUACGAGUUUAUGACGGGUGUUCCACCGUUCAAUGACGAAACACCACAGGCUGUUUUCAAAAAUAUACUGUCACGAAAUAUCGAAUGGCCUGAAGACGACGAGGCCUUGUCUCCUGAAGCAGUGAGCGCCAUCGAAGCUCUGCUCACGAUGGAGCCGGCAGCGCGCCCGGCCGCGGCCGCUGUACGCGCCAUGCCGAUAUUCAGGAACAUUGAUUGGGACAACCAGCUCAAUGUAGAACCACCCUUCAUACCUACCCUAGAUGAUGUUCACGAUACUGGCUAUUUCCAAGCUCGCAAUAUCCUGCAACAACUACACGUUUCUAACUUUGACAUGUAA